AGGGAAUGCAGGCAGUAGAAGUGACCAGCCUGCCUGAACGUUGCUCUGGGGUGGGCUCUGGAAUAAUCUGACCUGGGCAUCUUGUAGCAUCUCUAACUGAGACGCAGAAGCUUUGGACUUGGGGCAGCUAUCACGCCCGGUCCUUCUCCCUUCUCUGGUGGGUCUGAGGAAAAGUCCUUCAGGAAGAACGCAAGGUUCUGGGAGAACCUAGUCCUCUCCUGAUGCUGAUCAUGCUGCCCCCUACACCAGCCGUGCCACCCUCUCCUUGUGGCUUUUCUCCUGCAAUGGAGCUGUGGCUGCCAGCACAGGAUGCUGAUUUGAGCUGGGGAAGCAAGUGGGCCGCCAGUCCCAAAAGCUGCCUUCCUCCUUUCCCAGGACCAGUGCUAGUUUCGCCAGUUUUCUCUUUGAACCCAGGAAAGCCCCAGAAAGGCACUUGGGGAUAGCAGGUCCAGCCUGUGGCUCUUGGCCUCUGGGUAAACCCAGACCUGCCUGAUCUUUGGGCUGAGGCAGGGAGCGCAGCCAAGGCUCGGCACAGAGGUGGCACCAAGGGCUGAGCUCGGUUUUUGGAGAGCCUUGACCUGCUGGUGCAGAACAAUUUCUGGCAGAGUGGAUCUGGUGCUGGCCAGCACAAUUGGGACUUUUCCCACCUCCUGCCUUUGGUUGGAUCCUGCGUCAGAAGCUCUCUGGAAGCCUGGCUGCUGUGGGCGGCUGGGCUUGGGCUUGGCCUGGCUCUGGCCAAGGACAGCACCACCCCCACUUUUCCCAGGCUGCCUCCUUGGUUGGCCUUGAAGCCUUUGGUGCUCCUCCAAGGCUGGAAGGGAGUCAGUUGUUCUCCUCCCCCUUUCCCCCCUCUGGCAGGGUUCAGGAGAGAUCAGCCCUGCAGGCCCAGCCUGGCUGGAGCUCACCCCUUGGCCUCUGCUGCCCAGCCACUCAGCCAUACAAGGAGCUCAUUCUCUGGCAGCACAGAGAAGAAAGGCGCCUUGUGGCUGACAAGGUACAGCUCUCCUCUCUCUCUCCCUCCCUCCCUCCCUCCUCAAACAGAGCCUGCUUGUCAGGACUUGUGGCUCUGAGUAGGAAGGAGAGUAGGGGGAACAGCCAGGCACCCCCUCCCCCCUGCCCCCAGGAGAGUUCCUCUGCCUAGGCAAAGAGGGGGCCGGGAGACCAGAAGCCCUCCUUUCUCUGGGCAGUGGCAUUCUCCUCCUUGGGCAGGUCAAAGACAGACAAGGCAGCCUCUUUCUCUCGUCUCUUGAAAGGACCCUGGAUUGGGGUGGGGUGGGGUGUGCCAGUGCUUGGGAGGGAGAAAUUCUCAUCAGGCAGUGCCCUGCUAGCUCUCCUGGGCCAGUGCAGGUGUUGGGCUUGCAGAUGGCAGUGUGAGGUUUCCCUUUUUGCCCUCAGAAAGGGGGCAAAAUCUCUCCCCUUCCCCCAGGAAGGGAGAAAUGCUGGGGGAUGCUGAAUGAAGAAGGAUUAUCCAGGCCAGAGGAGUCCCACCAUGGAGACUUGCAACCACAACCUGGCUGCCCCUCCCUGCCAAGUACAGAAGCCCAUUCAGAACAGCCUCCUGGACCUGACUGAGACGGGCCGAGGCCUGAAGGUGCAGACGCAAAAGCCGCACCUGGUGAGCCUGGGCAGCGGACGCCUCAGCACUGCCAUCACUCUGCUGCCUCUGGAAGAGGGCAAGACCGUCCUGGGCUCCGCUACUGGGGACAUUGUGCUACAGGGGGCUGGGGUGGCCCCUCAACACUGCUUCAUUGAAAAUGUGUGUGGGACUCUCACACUGCAUCCCUGCGGUCAUCCCUGCGCCAUUGAUGGGCAGCCAAUCACCCACCCCACCCGUUUGUCCCAAGGGCACGUGAUCUGCCUGGGCCGGGCGACCUUCCUCCGCUUCAGCCACCCAGCUGAGGCCAAGUGGAUGAAAAGCCAAGCGGUGCCACCCGAAGGGCAGAGCCCAGGAGCCCCCUGUGGGCUGGGAGCAGCAGAGUGGCAGAGCCCCGUCAGCGGCAACUCCGAGAGGGCAUCGCUCUCCCUGGUCAGCUCCAUUGAGAGAGACCUGCAGGGCAUUAUGGAUUCAUUGGUGCUGCAGGAGGAAAGUGGUGAUGGGAGCCCUCCGUCCCCAACAGCCGUGUCUCUUGCGAAUGGCAGGGGGGGCUGCUCCCUUCUGUCCCCACCCCAGAGCCCCAGCAACACCUCCAUGGGAUCCACCUAUGAAAACGCCUCCUCUCCUCCCUUCUCUCCACUCUCCUCCCCUGCCAGCAGCAGCAGCAGCUGCCGGAGCCCCUUAGCCAGCUGGCGGGAGACGGUCCCUGCCCUUCCCCCUGCGGUGCCUGUCCGAUCCUCCAGUUACUGCCAUGCUGCGUUGUUGCCCCAUGGGGGGGCUUCCCCAGACCCUUUGAGCAGUUCCAGUGGCUUCCUAAGCUCUGCUUGCAUCUCAGGGAGCCCCCAAGCCGAGAGGAAGGUCCGACGGGAUGGCCCCACAAGCCCCCUGCCAAGGCACAAGGCCCGGCCUCCUGCAGAGGAUCCCUGUCCCAGCCAGCAUGGUGGCUCUCCACUGAAGGAGAACCGGCUGGGUAGCCCUCGCCCACCAUCACCCGGGAACCCCUGCUCGGCCAGGGCUUUCCAGCUUCCCGGCAUGCUGCAGGGCAAGGCUGCAGCCCUCCAGGACCCAGGACCUGGGCCCUUCCCGGAAAUACUGCCCGUCAGAGUUUCCCGACCAGCCCAGCUGGGGAAGUCAGCCUGCCAAGGGUCGGAGCUGCCAGGUGUCGCCUCUCAGUCUAGCCGCGGCCAGCGUCUCCCUGAGAGUCCCCAGCUCAGACGGCGGCCCCUGGAGAGCAUGCGGGAACUACCCCCCCUCAGCCCAGCCCUGGGGCGCCGAGCAGUCUUGCCGGCCCCCGGAAGCAGCCUCUCCUCGCAGGGCAAGCUUGGGGAGAAUCCCAGGGGGUGGCGGAGGGAGGCAUCUUCCGCUCCCCCCUCUUCCUCCUGCCUGAGGAGCCGCAGCCCCUCACCUCCCUCCAUCCAUGGAGAGCCCAUCCAACGCAAGCCCUGCGGUGGACCUGGCCUCAGCUCUGCCUCCAGCUUGGGGUCCCUUAUCCUGCCCUCGGAUUCUCCCCAGCCAAGCCGCCAGAGGCCUGGGGGGUCCCAGCUGUUGGGCCCCACACAGGAGCAGAAGCAGAGCACGCCCAAGCUGCUGGGCAUGCGCGAGAGCGGCCUGCUGGAGUACCACCGAUGGCAGCGCCAGGAGCGUCUCCGGGAGCAAGAGAUGGAGCGCUUGGAGCGCCAACGCCUGGAGACCAUCCUCAGCCUGUGCGCCGAGUACACUAGGGGGGACACUGAGCUGGGCCACGAGGGCGGCGCCAAUGCUGCUGCUGAUGGGGCGCUCCCACCACCAGGGAACAGGCCCCCCCAGGAGCGAGGGGAGGAGGAGAACUUGCAGGAGGAGAGCAGCAGCACCGAGAGUGCCGGCCAGGAGCACGAGGUGCCACCCGCUCCAGAGCUGGCCCUCCUGGAAGAAGAGCACACCCGCCUGCUGGCCAGCACAGACCACCUCAAGAGCCGCCUGAAGGGGCUGGAGCAGCAGCUGCGAGAGACCGCCUGGGAGGCGGAGAUGGAGCAGGCCCUCCUACAGGGUGAACGGGAAGCUGAGAUCCUGCAGCUGCAGCAGGAACAGCAGGCGGUGCAACUCCUGCAGGAGCAGCUCUCCAGUCUGGAUGCCAGCGCUCGCCACGAGCGGGACAAGGAGAGGGAAAGGGUUGAUGCGGAAAGGAAGGCGCUUGAGAAACUGCGGGCGUUUUACUCUGAGCUCAAGAGCCAGCUUGAAAACUGCCCCGAAUCAAUGAGGGAGCAAGUGAAGGACGAGAUGCAAAGGGAAGCGGAGGCCCUGGAGACGGAGACCAAGCUCUUCGAAGACCUGGAGUUCCAGCAGCUGGAGAAGGAGAGCCGCUUGGAGGAGGAGCAUGAGAUGCUGCACAGCGAGGCCCAGGGCCGCCACCGUCUGGCCCGCCGGAAGGAACGCUUGGCUGCUCUGGAGGGCCAGGCGAAGCAGCUGCGCCUGCAGGCUGCUCAGGAGGCUGACCGGCUGCACCAGGAGAGGAGGGCCACCCUGCAGCGGCUCCAGCAGGAGAAGGAAGCCCUCCUGGUGCUGGAGCAACGGUUCUGUGCACUCACUGGCAGCGCUGUCUUUCCCAAGGGCUCGAGUGGCCUCCGAGAGGGCUCUCCACCCCCAGCGGGCAGAAGAGGCAGCCCCCCCCGCAAGCUGACCAGCACCCUUCUUGACCUCGGGAGGAAGCGUGAGGCGUCCCUGCACCACAAGGGGCAUCGGGCAGUUCAGGAGCAGUGGCAGCACCUGGCUGACCUGAAGCAGAAGGCGGCAGUGGAGUGUCAGGCCCUGCGAGGGAGGGCCCUCUUCUCUCCCCUUGUGCCCCACUCUGUCCUCCACCAUCACCCCUUCCCGGGCCAAGGUCAACUGGCCGAUGACCCUGAGCCAGCCUACGACACCCUCAGCCUGGAGAGCUCGGACAGCUUGGAGACCAACCUAUCUCUGAGUGGGAACUCAGCCUGCUCCCCGGACAAUGCCUCCAGUGCCAGUGGGGCAGAUGCCAGGAAGAUCGAAGAGAUGGAGAAGCUGCUGAAAGAGGCCCAGGCUGAGAGGUCCCGCCUGAUGGAGUCGCGAGAGCAAGAGAUGGAGCUGCGUCACCAGGCUUUGGAGGACGAGCGGCGGAGGCGGGAGCAGCUGGAGCGGCAGCUGCAGGAUGAGACGGUACAGCGGCAACAGCUGAUUGAGAGAGAGGUCAAGAUGCGGGAGAAGCAGCUGGCUCAGGCCCGCCCCCUGACCCGUUACUUGCCCAUCCGCAAAGAGGAGUUUGACCUGCGCUUGCACAUCGAAUCCUCUGGCCACAGCGUGGACACCUGCAGCCACAUCAUCCUGUCCGAGAAGCUGUGCAAAGGCUACCUGGUCAAGAUGGGAGGCAAAAUCCGGUCCUGGAAGAAGCGCUGGUUUGUCUUUGACCGUCUGCGGCAUACCCUCUCCUACUACGUGGACAAGCACGAGGCGAAGCUGAAAGGUCUCAUCUAUUUCCAAGCCAUCCAGGAGGUUUACUAUGAUCACCUCCAAUGCGCAGCCAAGAAGAGAUUCUUCCCUGCCAGCCUGUCCAUGAGCCCCAACCCUGCCCUAACCUUCUGCAUCAAGACCCACGACCGGCUCUACUACAUGGUGGCCCCCUCAGCAGAAGCUCUGCGCAUUUGGAUGGAUGUCAUUGUCACGGGGGCUGAAGGCUACACCCAGUUCCUGAGCUGAGGCAGCGGAGCCAUGAACAGCCCCCGAUGGCCGUCUCUCAAGAGCUUCCCACGGACAGCCUCUGACCGCAGGCAUGGACCCCUCUGCCAUGGGUCCCUGGGAUGGACACGCGAGUGGCAAAAGCAGGGCACUUGUCAGCAGCCUCCCUUGCCCACGAACUCCAGGACGACACCCCCCCACUCCCCCAGCUUCAGAGGAGCGGGAGGCAGGGACCAGCACCAUCAGGCUCUGCAGUGCAGGGCUGGCUCCCCGCUGGCCCAAGGCCCGUGCAGACAAGGCCCAGAGGUCAUCUUGGAUCUCUCAUCUCCAGGGCUGGCCGCCUCUUUUUUCAAAAUGGAGAAGCCACUGGGAAGAGUCCCCCCUUGCAGCUGUGGGUUGCUGAAAUUGUUGGCUAGAGUCUUUGCAGCCAAGAGGCAGGAAAGCAGAAUAAAGGCUUUUGCAUACUUUCA